AUGGCGACCUCCAACCCGGAUCGGCCGCGCACACGCGCAAAGAAGGCAUGCUUGGCCUGCAACGCACGCCGCGUGCGAUGCAAUGUUCUGGAGAUGCAGCCAUGCCGUAAUUGCGUGUCUUGGAAUCUGUCUUGUGAGCUAGGAGUGUCACGACGAGGAAAAUACCCACGCCGGAAGAAAAAGGCAGCUUCCGAGAACGAAUCACUCGAGGCACAUGGCAUACCAACUACUGCAUCGGAAAGCCGGCUUCUGCAGCAAGAGCCCCUGCUAGACAGUGGUCCCCACUAUGCCCCAUCAGCCCAUCCCGUAAGGGUUGGCGAUGCCAUUCACAAAACUGUCUUUCUCGGCGAGUCGAGUCCUUUGACCUGUGUGGUCGAUGAGGGACAACGAUCACCCGACAAAGGAUAUGCUUGUGGUAUUCAGAAAGGACGUCUGCACUACUCCAUCUCCGAACUCCAUGCAUCUGCAGGGACCAGUGAAGAGAUUUUUGGUCAACGCCGUAAAUCUCUCCAAGAACGUCUUAUUCGAGAAAGCGCGUUGAUCUUCCCGUCGCCAGCUAUAUGUGAGGUACUCUUGCAAGCGUACUUUGAAUGGUUCCAUCCGCUGUUCCCAAUUCUGGAUCGCUCUCGGGUCCAGAAUGACUAUCAGGAUGAAACCAUUUCUCCGCUACUCUUGCAGGCAAUGCUUUUCAUCGGCGUGAGUCUAUGCUCAGACUCUGCUCUUAAGACUACGGGAUUCAGCAACCGAUACAAGGCCAAGGGUCUGUUCUACCAACGCGCAAAGGAGAUAUAUGAUGUCGGAUGGGAAACCGAUACGAUGAUCAAAUUGCAGUCAAUAUUUCUGUUGAGUUUCUGGCGUGGGGGGCCUACAGAGGAGCGGGAUGUGCGAUACUGGCUCGGCACGGCCACGGAUCUGGCCCAGAAGAAGGGAAUGCAUGUGAUGUCCAAAUUGACUUUCCUGGGUGCUCGCGACCAGCAGGUCUGGAAGAGGAUUUGGUGGGCUUUAUAUGUUCGUGAUCAACAAACAUCGGCAGCCCUCGGGUUACCGUCUCGAAUUCGCGAUGAGGAUUGUGAAGUAGCCGAACUUGACGAGUCUGACUUUGAAGAAGACGAUUCAACCAAUCUUUCUGAAGUCUUCCGAAGACCACCUGUAGCACACGUCAAUUAUGUGAUUCAAAUGGCUCGAUUAGCUAAAUUAUUACGCGAGGUUGUUUCCAGCCAGUAUUUACCUGGGAAAUCAAAACUGGACAAUCCAUUACGUCCUGUCCUCCACCAGCGUCUCUUAGACUGGGAAUCGGAUCUACCACCAGAGAUGCAGUUUCAACCAUCCAUGGCCCGAGAAGUCAUGUUCCUGGUUGGAAUGCUACAUAUGACCUACGCUAACUUGUAUUUGUUGCUUUACCGACCCAUUUUCUUGCAACCACCAAGUCAAUCCACCAGCUCGGAGGGCAACAUAGCCCUGGAGGCCGCAACUAAGAGUACCCGAAUCUUGGAAGAUAUGCUCUCACAAAAUCUAGUACAACAUGGAUCUGUUCACUUAAUCACCCACACUUUUUCUGCUCUAUGUAUUCACACUAUUCAUUUCGGACGAGUUGCCAGCACAGCCAAAAAGCUUGCAGAACACCGGGCAAAACUUUGUCUGCUUGGAUUGAAAGAACUUCAAAAGUCAUGGGAUCUCGAGAAUUGGGUUCUCGAUUUAUUCUUCCAUUGCUUGGAUGAUCGUACAGCUCGAAAUCUCCGCCUAAUCGACAACGGAAUGUCAGCAUCUGCCCUUUCCAGCCAGCUUACAAAGGGACCACAGAUUCCCGACUCGUCGUCUCUGGAUACCCCUUGCAGUAACACAAGUCGACCCCUUUCUCCAACGUCUGCCGACAGCGUUUUGCCCGGUCUGCAGGUCACGGGCCCCUUGAACCCAAUGGAAGAUGCAUCAAUCAAUAUGGACUGGUAUGAGUUGUUCAAUGUGGAAGGUGAGGAUAUUUCGGGAUUGGCAGGCUCAUUGACGAACCCGGACUAUCUCAACCCGCAGAACCUGGAAUUCUUGUAUCGAUUUUUAUAG